AUGGUUUCUCAGGUCUUCCUCUUUCAUGACAGUCCCUCGUUCACAGAAGUGCCCACACAGAUGUCCAUUGGCGAACCUGCGUCCGUUCCUAAGAACUACCAGCACAUUCUGGCUUUGCUGCUUGCUGUCAAAGAGAUCAAUGAGAAUCCCCAAAUCCUACCCAACAUCUCUUUGGGCUCCCACAUCCUCAACAGCUACUAUGUGGCAAGGAUGACAUACAAAGCCAGCCUGAGCCUCCUUUCCACACAACACAGGUUUGUUCCCAACUACAAGUGUGAUACUCAGAGUAAACUGAUAGCUGUCAUUGGCGGACUUGCUACUGAAACCUCUGCCAACAUGGCUAGCAUUUUUGCCACCUACAAGAUUCCACAGGUUGUGCCUCUUUCUGUGUGCAAUGACAACUGCUAUCCUGGCUACAGCAGGAAAAAGAAAGAGGGAGAGAAAUUCUGCUGCUACGAUUGUGCUCCAUGUCCAGAAGCGAUGGUCUCUAUGCAGAUGGACAUGGAUACCUGUAUCAAAUGUAAAGAAGAUCAGUAUCCAAACUACAACCAAAAUCAUUGCAUUCCCAAGUUUUACACAUACCUCUCCUACAAAGAACCUUUAGGAAUCACCCUUACUCUGCUGGCUUUUUCUUUCUCUUCGAUCACAACUUUAGUACUUGGGACAUUCAUGAAGUACAAGGACACUCCCAUAGUCAAAGCCAACAACCGGACCCUCACUUACCUCCUCCUCAUUUCCCUCCUGCUUUGCUUCCUCUGCUCCUUCCUCUUCAUUGGACAGCCUGGAAAGGCAACCUGCCUUCUCCGACAAAUGGCUUUUGGCAUCAUCUUCUCUCUGUCCCUUUCCUCUGUUUUGGCAAAAACCAUCACGGUGGUUCUGGCAUUCAUGGCCACAAAACCAGGAUCCAGAAUGAGACAAUGGGUGGGGAAAGGACUGGCCAAUUCCAUUGUCCUUUCUGGUUUAUUUAUUCAAGCAAACAUUUGCAUAGUUUGGCUGAUUACUUCUCCUCCGUUCCCAGAUAAGGACAUGAACUCCCUGAAAGAGGAAAUCCUAGUGCAAUGUAAUGAGGGAUCAGCCUCCAUGUUUUACUGCGUCUUGGGAUACAUGGGCUUCCUGGCUAUUGCCAGCUUAACCAUAGCUUUCUUUGCCAGGAAGUUGCCUGGCAGUUUCAAUGAAGCCAAGUUCAUCACUUUCAGCAUGUUGGUGUUUUGCAGUGUGUGGCUGUCCUUUAUUCCAACGUACCUGAGCACCAAAGGGAAAUACAUGGUGGCUGUGGAGAUCUUCUCCAUCUUAUGCUCCAGUGCUGGAUUGCUGGGUUGCAUCUUUUUCCCCAAAUGCUACAUCAUUAUCCUGAGGCCUGAGCUGAACAAGAAGGAACAUUUAUUAAAGAAAGAAAAGUAA